AUGAAUUUGGAUGAAUUAAACACGUUUCAGUUCUAUCUCAAAUUCAAAAAGAUGCUAGCACAAACGGUAAAGGAAUCCGAGAUCACAGAGCAGGACUCGCUUCUACUGACGAGGAAUCUGCUUCGCAUUGCUAUAUUCAACAUUAGUUACAUCAGAGGUCUAUUCCCUGAGAAGUAUUUCAACGAUAAAUCUGUUCCAGCCUUGGAGAUGAAGAUUAAAAAGCUUAUGCCUAUGGAUGCUGAGUCCCGCAGAUUAAUUGACUGGAUGGAGAAAGGUGUAUAUGAUGCUUUACAGAAGAAGUAUUUGAAAACACUCCUGUUCUGUAUCUGUGAAACAGUGGAUGGACCAAUGAUCGAGGAAUAUGCAUUUUCCUUCAGUUACUCAAAUACUGAUAGUCAAGAGGUGUCGAUGAACAUCAAUCGCAAGGGAAAGAAGAAGGGAGUGACAUUCGACUAUAACUCCAAAACGGAAAUAACUCCCAGUCAAAUGCGGAGUUCUGCAUGUAAAAUGGUCCGCACAUUGAUUCAGCUAAUGAGAACUUUGGAUAAGAUGCCAGAGGAGCGCACUAUACUGAUGAAGCUACUAUAUUACGAUGAUGUCACGCCCGUGGAUUAUGAGCCUCCCUUCUUCAGAGCCUGUAUAGAAGAGGAAGCUCAUCAUCCAUGGACUAGAAGUCCCUUGAAAAUGGAGGUUGGCAAUGUCAACAGUAAGCACUUUGUAUUGGCUCUAAAGGUUAAGAGUGUGCUCGAUCCUUGUGAGGAUGAGAAUGAUGAAUAUCAAGAUGAUGUAAGCCUGGGUGCUGAUUCUCCCAAAAGAGAUGAAAAUAGUGAAUCUGAUAGUGAGUUCAGUAAUUCAGAUAAUGAUCAAUACAUAGUGGCUCCAGUUGACAAGAAACAGAGUCGUAAAGAUAACACCGUAGUUGGUGAAGAUGAUACUCAGGACCCAGAAGAAGAUGUACAACAGUCGGGGCGUGUAAUAGAGUGGAUCAGAUCGUAUCACCUUGAUACUGUCAAGUUCACUGAUGUGCUUUCUAAUUUCCCUGACAUCUCAGUGGUUCUAAUAGAAGAAAUUAUGGACAAGCUGGUUAAAGAAUGUGUUGUUACUAAAGCUGGUGCAGAAAGUUAUGACAUUAACAAGCAAAAGAAAUUCGACUAUGAGUUUGAUGCUGUGAAAGAAGAAACAGGUCAGACGGUGGCCAAUGACUGCAAAGCUGGGGUUAUGGGUGUAGAUCACAUGUACAUGAAGGCUUUAUAUCACGCCCUUUCAAUGAACUACAUAUCGGUGGCUAAACUUCAGAGCAAGCUUGAGGGUGAAGCAAACCUGACUAUUGCACGCAAGCUAAUAGAUAAAAUGACUAGGGAUGGCUUUGUCGAGGCCAAGAGCAACCGCAGACUAGGCAAGCGCGUAAUCCACUCUGAUCUUACUAAGGAAAAGCUGAUCGAAGUCAAGAAGGCCCUUAUGGACAUAGAAGACAUGGAUCUGGAUGCCAACGAAUCAGUUAACAAGUUCAACAAUCUACCACUUCAGAUUAACGGGAACAACCACAAGGACUUAUCCACCUGCGGUGUCCUUCACUCAAUUGGAUCGGAUCUCACGCGCACACGAGGCAGGCCUGAUGGACUCCAAAAUGAUUCUAUAAGAAGUGAGCAGACUGUCUCGAGGAAAAGAGAGCUCGGAAACACUCCUACAAGCAGAGCCGAGCCAGUAACUUCGAGGGAAAGCUUUGCACCCGGGAUAGAAGAUGGUAGAGCUAUUGGACACGACAAUGUCCGUGAGGAGAUGGACACAGUUAUGUGCACCAGGUCUACUCAAGAGAAAAGUGCUAGAAAAGCAAGCACGGUCAAAGAGCCAAUCCUCCAGUACACAAAGCGCCAGAAAUCUCAAGCUGUCUGA